AUGUCCGCAAGCGCGACAACUCACCCACCAGAGACGAGUUUCGGCACCGUUACAUCCUGGCUGCCUCUCACGACGCCUUUCGUCUCGCCAGACGGCUGCUCGUCCGCUUUAUGGGCACGGUGGGGCUUCAUUCAAAGUGAAUCAUACAACGCGUUAGCCUUCGAUCCCUCCUACGAUGGUAUUUCCUUUGACGGCAGAUUAUCCUGUCUUCCACCUGAAGCCAAGCUAUGGUGGGAAAGAGACAGCAGUGUCAAGUCUGGUGUAUCGACUGAGUAUAGUAUUGGGCUUAUUGUUUGCCCACAAGACUAUGCGACUGUUGGUACGAGUAUAGUGGGAGCUGGAAGCACAUGGGUUGCGUGUUGUCCGUCAUCGUCUUCGGGAGCAAAAAUAGAAAUCGGUGUGGGGAUUGGUGGUGCUGUCAUCUGUCUCUUGGCUUUUCUCCUAUUGCCCAUACGACACCAGCUCAAAGAAAGGAAAGCAGGCACACAGCUGGAGUUUUCAAGGGAAGGGAGACCUGAGUGGAAAGUAGAGUUGCUAGGCGCGGGUAAAAUAUUAGCGCAUCAUGAGCUUCCUGCAAUGCACGAGACAGACAUGGAUAUCACUUCUAUUCCUCAGUGGCAUGAACUGCCCGUGUAG